AUGCUGGCAGCGAGACACGACCUAGAAAUUCCAGUGAGGAAGGUGCUUCAGAUCCGUGCGUUCUCAACCAUCAAUUCGCGCUCCCGUGAUGAAGAGUUCAAAGUGACCCCGCGGAGCGCCCAUCCGCUGCAGAGCAUGAAAGUGUCCCUACUUCAGUGCGGAUUGCCGAUUAUCUCUCCCCCAUUUUCCCGGGGAUUGAAUUGGGGGGUGGAAACCUGGGGAAAGGCGGCGGCUUACACUGUUGUCUCUCAUCUUCAGGCUAUGGUAUUGGGCGUAAUACUCUUCUGCACGACAUUUCUGCUGCAAUCCAACAAUGCCACCCAACUGCACAUUGGCGGAAUCUUCCCGAUAGCCGGCAAGGGUGGCUGGCAGGGAGGGCAGGCGUGCAUGCCAGCCGCCAAUUUGGCCUUGGACGAUGUCAACAAUAAAACUGAUUUGCUGCCCGGCUUCAAGCUCAUCUUGCACAGCAACGACAGCGAGUGUGAACCCGGUCUGGGAGCGAGUGUCAUGUACAAUCUACUGUACAAUAAACCACAGAAGUUGAUGCUAUUGGCCGGAUGCAGCACAGUGUGCACAACAGUGGCCGAGGCAGCAAAGAUGUGGAACCUCAUUGUGCUCUGCUACGGAGCCUCGAGUCCUGCCCUCUCGGAUCGCAGCCGCUUCCCCACACUCUUCCGGACGCAUCCGUCGGCCACGGUGCACAAUCCCACGCGCAUCAAGCUGAUGGAGAAGUUCGGGUGGUCGCGCGUUGCAAUUCUGCAGCAAGCGGAGGAGGUCUUCAUCUCGACGGUGGAGGACUUGGAGAACCGCUGCAAGGAGGCGGGCAUCGAAAUCGUAACGAGACAAUCAUUUCUCUCAGAUCCCACUGACGCCGUGCGGAACUUGAGGCGUCAGGAUGCGCGGAUAAUCGUGGGUCUCUUCUAUGUCGUGGCGGCAAGGCGUGUGCUCUGCGAAAUGUACAAACAGCAGCUUUACGGACGAGCUUAUGUGUGGUUUUUCAUUGGUUGGUAUGAGGACAAUUGGUACGAGGUGAAUUUGGAGAAUGAGAAUAUAUCGUGCACGAAGGAGCAAAUGAAGCACGCUGCCGAGGGACAUUUGACCACGGAAGCACUGAUGUGGAAUCAAAAUAAUAGGCGAACAAUAUCUGGCAUGACAUCUGACGACUUUCGGUUGCGCCUCAACGAGGCACUCAAGGCCGAGGGCUAUGAUAUCAGCCACAAUAGGUUCCCCGAGGGAUAUCAGGAGGCUCCGCUGGCGUACGAUGCCGUGUGGAGUGUCGCUUUGGCGUUCAACAAGACAAUGGAGAGGCUGAAAUAUCGCAAGAGAUCACUUAAGGACUUCACCUAUACGGACAAAGAGAUUGCCGAUGAGAUUUAUGCUGCAAUGAACUCAACAAAGUUCCUUGGCGUGUCGGGCGAAGUGGCUUUCAGCUCGCAGGGCGACCGAAUCGCCCUCACCCAAGUGGAGCAGAUGAUUGAUGGACAGUACGUUAACUUGGGAUAUUACGAUACGCAAGCUGAUAAUCUCACCUGGAGAAAUAUGGAACAAUGGUCCGGUGGAAAGGUGCCGCAAGACAGGACGAUUGUGAAAAGAGUGCUGAGGACAGUUUCGCUGCCGCUGUUCGUCUGCAUGAGCACCAUUUCGAGCUGUGGCAUCGUCGUGGCGCUGGCGCUAAUCGUAUUCAACUUGUGGAAUAGUCAUCGGAGAGUGAUUCAGUCCUCACAUCCUGUCUGCAACACCAUCAUGCUCUUUGGCGUCAUCACGUGCCUGGUGUCCGUGAUCUUGCUGGGGAUUGACGGCCGCUUCGUCGGACCAGACACGUAUCCUCAGGUUUGUCAGGCGAGAGCGUGGCUUCUGGCGGCGGGAUUCACCCUAGCAUAUGGCGCGAUGUUCAGCAAGGUUUGGCGGGUUCACAGAUUCACCACGAAAACGAAAACCGAUCCGAAGAAAAAGGUGGAGCCGUGGAAGCUGUACACAAUGGUGUCGGGACUGCUUUCCGUGGACCUCGUAAUUAUGCUUACAUGGCAAUUAUAUGAUCCUCUCCAAAGGCGCUUAGAGACCUUCCCGCUGGAGGAUCCAAUCUCCACUAGUGACGAUGUGAAAAUACGCCCGGAACUUGAGCACUGCGAGAGUGAAAAUAAUUCCAUCUGGCUCGGCGUCAUUUACGGCUUCAAGGGUCUCAUCCUGGUCUUUGGCCUCUUCCUGGCGUACGAGACGCGAUCGAUAAAGGUGAAGCAAAUCAACGACUCGCGCUACGUGGGCAUGAGCAUCUACAACGUGGUGGUCUUGUGCCUCAUCACAGCACCUGUGGCCAUGGUCAUCGCCUCGCAGCAGGAUGCAUCGUUUGCAUUUGUGGCCCUGGCCGUGAUCUUCUGCUGUUUCCUCAGCAUGCUCUUAAUAUUUGUGCCAAAGGUCAUCGAAGUGAUACGACAUCCUAAGGAUAAGGCCGAAUCCAAAUACAAUCCGGAUGCUGGAAUCUCAAAAGAGGACGAAGAACGCUAUCAGAAGCUGCUGUCGGAGAAUGAUGAUCUGCAGAAGCUGAUUGCUCAGAAGGAGGAGAAGAUCCGCAUUCUGCGGCAACGACUCACCGAGCGAGAUAGUGGCAAGGGACAAACUCAGGACAUAGACACACAAGGAGGCAACUCGACCGCGAUAACGCAAGAUAUUCACGAUGAACACAUUUGAAAUUUAAGUCAAUUUUAACGGUGAUAAUAAUGUAGUUAAUUUUAAAUGUAAAUGUAAAAUGCCCUGAAAAGUGAGCGGCGUAGCGUAGAGAAAAAAGAGUAGAGACGAUAGGGUUGCAAUAAGUGGAAAAUUUGGGCGAAGAGAGUAAAUUAAAAAAAAAAUACGUUGAAGGGUAUUUAAUUUAGUCGAAUGCAAAGAAGAUGAAGAAGAAAAAAACUGAGACAGUGAAGAUGAGAACGAAAUGGUAUUAACACUUGAGAAUACAAAUUUACAAGAAAAAGAGAGAAAGAGAGAGAGAGAAAGAGUGCAUGGAGAAAAUUUAGAGGAAUUCUUUGUUAAUUAAGCAAAUAUAUAGAUAAGGUGGUAAGAUUGCAUUUUAGAGAAUCCAAGUACUGCACAAGUGAAGGCCAUUGAGUCACCCAAAAGCCAUUUUUUCCGUGUGAAUACUGUUAGCGGUGGUUUUAGGGAUUUUUUCAUGAAAAAUUCCAUCUAGUUUUACAAUAAUGUACCUUUGAAUUCUACUUAAUGCAUUUUGUAAAUAUGUAAAUCUCUAAUCGUAUUUGAACCGUUUUAUUCAUUCACGACUAAAUCGUUAUGACACAACGCGCGUUUUAUUGUACGAAAAAAAGGGGUGUCAAAUAUGUCCCUCAAAUUGACGUGUUUGUCUUUCUCCCUGGGUUAAUUCCUUAUGUUCGAGAUGUUUUCAUUUAAACCGCAUGAGAGAGAAAAUAUUAAUAAAGUGUGUCUGUGAGUCAGCAUUUAUUCUAAAUAUGAAAAAAAAAGUGUUCCCAUCUUGGCACAGAAAAAAAAUCAA